AUGCAAAUUCUAGAUCAAGAAAUUCUGCGCCGCGAAGAAUUAGUCGAUAAAGAAAAACGAGCUCGACUUUGGGAAAUUUAUUUGGGUACAAAAGAUCAUAUAAGAGAUAAAUUAAAUACUGAAACAGCUCGUAUUCGUAAUAUGGAAAAACGAUUAGCAACUAUAAAAGGUGUUCAUCGUUCAACUGAUGAAACAUUACUUUUAGCCGGAAAAGAAAAGUUCUAUUAUCGAAGUCGUUCAUAUUCUCGACAAAUACCUACACAAUUAUCAACUAUCCAAGAACCAUCAACACUUCGACGUCGUUCAUCACUUGAUCAACAAACACUGGAACGAUGGAAAGCUCUUGCUAAUCAAUCGAAAACACAUGAACAAAUGCCAUGGUCUAUACGUAAAUUAUUGAUUCGAAAAUAUUUUCGACGUCAUACAAAAAAACCUUUACCAAUAAUACAUCAAGAUUCUACUAUAAGCAAUCCCAUAGCAGAUGAUUUAUUAUCAUUUACAAAUCAAAUUAAUAUGCUUACACGACAUCGUACAGAACCAAGUCUUAAUGAACUUUCAACAUGUGAUGAAAGACAAAAUCCUUAUUUAACUUAUUUUUUUACACCAACAAAUCGUCCAAGUAUAUUAACAACACAAUUUUAUCCUGCAUCAUCGGAACAUUCAAUGAAAUAA